UUGCUUUCACAGAGAGAAAGAAGAAACAGAGCUGUGGACUGAGAAGCCCACCAAAAGCAUAGCUGAGAGCGCGAGCGCGAGAGGGGGAAGAGAGACAGAGGAGCGCAGAAAAGGUGGUUCUUUUCCUCUCUCCCUCCCUCUCCUCGUCCGCUUUUCGUCGUCUUUUAUCCCCCCUCUCUUUCUUCUCCGGGGAGGAACAAGCAAUCUUCCCGUAGAUUUAUAUAUAUACACACGGCCUCACAGGCCAUGGCCUAAAAAUCGCUCCUUUGUUUCCUUUCUCUAAUAAAAUUGGUGCUAGAAAGCAGCCAUGGCGGAUUCCAGGGACCAGAAGUGGCACUCCAUUUUGAAACUGGCGCUUUCAGUAGGCUCAGACGUCGCCGGAGAGCACCGGUCCAAGCCCAGCUUCGCCGCCGGCGAUGGCGCCGUCGGGCUGGCCAUCGUCGCCUCCAUGAGCGAGGAGCCGCGGGCCUACCGGUCGGAACCGGUCCGGAUCGGCGCAGUGAUGACGAAACCCAACCUGAGGGCCGCCGCCUCGCUCAUGAACGAGGGCGAGGAGCUCUCCGAGAGCUAUACUUGCGUGAUUUCGCACCUGGGAGGGAACAAGAUGAAGAAAAGGGUCUACUUUGGCGACGGCGACAGCGGCCUUCUCCUGGAACCGCCGCCGCCGCCACCGGAGGACCCGCCCUUCGUGGUGGCCGAGUUCCUGAGGUGUUGCUUUGUGUGCAAGAAGCAACUCGACGGCAUGGACGUCUACAUGUACAGAGGGAAGGCCUUCUGCGGCGAAGAAUGCAGAUACCAGCAGAUGCUAGUGGAGGAAUUCGGCGAAAAGCUCAGUACUGGCACUUCAAGAAACUACAAAUAUUCGUCUUCCCCUUGCUCAGCUUCAUUGCUUGUCACAGCUGGUAUUGCAGCUGCUUCAGUACACUGAGUAAUAAACUGUAACUUUUGAUGAAAAACAAUAGGAUGUAAGAGUGAAUAAGAUGAAACGAAAGGGUUCAAUAACGAGUGUUUCCGGCACAAGUAGCGCCUUAAUUUGUGCGAAGAUAGGGUAUGCGGUGAGCUUGGAAUUCACAAGUUUAAGUAUGUAUGAAAAAAUAUAUAUGAUAUGUUGUUUCUUGUGAUCGA